UCGUCGCCUCGCAGGCAGUCACCAGGCAGGCAGGCAAGGAGACCCCCGCCCGCGCCGCACGCCAAUCCGCCCCCGGACUCCCCCCCGCCGCCGCCCCCCUCCUCCCCCGCCCGCCGCUCCGCCCGCGGCCCAGGGAGCUGCAGAGGCGCUGAAGUGGACAUCUUUUUCCCGGAGAGAGGGAUAGUUUACAUAAACUCUUUCUGUUGGUGUGUGGGUCUUUGAAGAUGAUUGAGGGGGCAAGGUUCCACAAUAUGCUGGGUGGUGCUGGCAUCGGCGGUGGAAGAGGGAAGCUGGAAAACGAGAGCAACGGCUUCUACGACAUGCCGUAUUAUCACAAGGUCGGGGAGAGCUCCCACAUGUCGGUCGACAGCGCCGACAACAUGAACUCGAUGAACUUUGUCGGCGGUUCGGUCGCCAUGUCGGUGGACAACAGCAGCGUGGCCUCGAACGAGUCCCGCACCGUCAUGCUCAACCACCCUGGCCUCCGUGACGUCCCCACACCAAACUAUUCGGUUUGCAACAGCGUCAUCUAUCCCAACAAGGCGUCUGCGUCUGUUCUCAAGGAGGAUGCGUUGGCUCGGGUUUUGAUGGACCCAACCCAUCCCACGGAGAUACUCACCAACUACGAGGAGUGGACCAUUGAUCUGGGGAAGCUGGACAUGGGGGCUCCUUUUGCCCAGGGGGCCUUUGGGAAGCUGUAUCGGGGAACAUACAAUGGGGAGGAUGUCGCCAUUAAGCUGCUGGAGAAGCCUGAAAAUGAUCUAGAGAGGGCACAGUUGAUGGAGCAACAAUUUGUGCAGGAAGUUAUGAUGCUUUCCACCUUAAGGCACCCAAAUAUCGUGAGGUUCAUCGGGGCGUGCAGGAAGUCGAUUGUUUGGUGUAUCAUCACUGAAUAUGCAAAAGGUGGCUCUGUCAGGCAGUUCCUUGCCCGAAGGCAGACCAAGUCUGUGCCCCUGAGAUUGGCAGUGAAACAGGCGCUUGAUGUUGCUCGGGGAAUGGCAUAUGUGCAUGCCCUGGGAUUUAUUCACAGAGAUCUGAAGUCCGACAACCUUCUAAUUUCAGCAGACAAAUCCAUCAAGAUUGCAGACUUUGGAGUUGCUCGAAUCGAGGUAAAAACCGAGGGAAUGACUCCCGAAACAGGGACCUACCGCUGGAUGGCACCGGAGAUGAUCCAGCACAGGCCUUAUGAUCAUAAGGUUGACGUAUAUAGCUUUGGGAUUGUGCUGUGGGAGCUUAUGACCGGCAUGCUCCCCUUCACAAACAUGACAGCAGUUCAGGCCGCCUUUGCUGUGGUAAACAAGAACGCUCGCCCUGCAAUCCCACAAGAUUGCCUGCCCGCUCUAAGCCACAUCAUGACCCGUUGCUGGGACGCAAACCCUGAAGUCCGCCCGUCAUUCAACGAGGUCGUCACCAUGCUCGAGGCUGCCGAGACGGACGUUGUGAGCAACGUCCGUAAGGCACGGUUCCGCUGCUGCAUCUCCGAGCCCAUGACCACCGACUGAGACUAGUGCCAGGAUACAGAGUACCAGAAAAUGAAAAAUGGGAAGAAAGAGGAUGGGAAAGGAGAUGGCGCAUUCUCGAUGUACAGACCACACUGAUACACCCGGGCUUUGCGCGUGCCUGCCUAUCCGAAGGUCUGAUGGCUGCCCUGGGCUAAGCUAGGUUCUUCAUUGCUGCUUUCUAUCUUUGUCUUAGUUGCAUGGGUUGGAGUGAUUGUUUGCCAAAAUAUGGAUGAUGCUACCUUGUAUGUUUUCUGUUUUCUUGGAAGGAUGCUAUCUGGUAUGUUAACAAGGAGAUAUGGUAUGGUAUGUAUUCUCGGCAAGGGAAGAGCUAUCUUUGUCUUGUGUUGAUAGCAGCUGCA